AUGGCCGAGUGGGUCACAUGUUGGCCGACUGAAUGGGCUGCACGAGCCGAGUGUUCCUCCGGGAAGGCCGAGUGUUUCGUUGGCAUGGCUGAUUGCUCCCCCGAGUGCUUUACCGGGGUGGCCGAGUGCUUUGUCGGCAUGGCCGAGUGCUCCUCCGGGUGGGCCGAGUGCUUCGCCUGGGAAGGCUUGGAGAGGAGGUGCAAGGUGUGGAGUAAAAGAGCUUCUCAAGAGGUAAGUUUUCUCUCAUUUGUUUUCCUUUCAAUGUCCUUAUGCAUGUUCUUUGUGUUCUUCGUGUUCUUCAUGUUCUUCGUGCUAGGUGAUCAGCUCAUUAUGUCUACAAGUAGGUGUGAUAGUCACGCUGAUUCAGUCUGUCGACUGUCUUGUUCGUUUAGUGAAGAAGAUUUUAGUUCUCUCUUUCAAAGUUCUGCUGAGAUGGUUGAUUGCAACCGAAUUACAGUAGUAGAAUUGGGGGGUCGUCCUUUAGGUGAUGUUACUGGAAGGGGAAUAGAUUCUAACGAACCUAUUGAUGGUGGUAUGCCGGGUUCUGGUAGUAUGCUUAGUUCUAAUCCUAGGUCUUCCAUAAGUUUAGGUGAGUUGACCUAUCUUCGUCGUCAUUAUGAGAUCCCUGAUACCAUCAGUCUGCAUGCUCCUGCUAAGGCGGAGCGGCCUGACUGGCACUUACCUGGUUGGGUGUGUCUGUAUGAACUUCCCUUCAAAGAAGGGCUUCGGUUUCCCAUCCCCCGAUUAGUCGUUGAGUUGUGUGAGUACCACGAGAUUUCGCCCGGACAACUAAUGCCAAAUUCAUAG